AUGGCGACUUCGUCUACUUGGGCACAAGAUGUGAUUACGUGUGACCUUUGUAACAACCCCACCCAGCAAUUCUGUAACAGCUGUCAGGUCAGCUUGUGUGGGGACUGUAUCAAUAAACAUAUAGAAAGUCUGAAGUCUGAAACACAUGACAUUGUUCCUUUUAAAGACAGAAGAGAACGGCUCGUAUUCUCUUCAUGUACGUUUCAUCCAAACCAGAAAUGUGAGGGACAUUGCCAACAAUGUAAUGUUCCCGUCUGCUUCAGAUGUCUCACAGGUCCCCACAGCGGCCAUACUGUCAAGGAGAUGUCAGAGGUGGUACAACAGAUGAAAGAAGAAAUCAAAAAAGAAACGGAGGAAAUUGAGUCUUUUAUUUCAAGAUUCGUCAUAAGUGGAGCAAACAUUGAUCAGAAGAUAUCUAAUUUGACUGAAAAAUUUAAAACGAUGGAGAGAGAGGGAGAAAAUCUGAGAAAAACCUGGCAUGAAGAAGUAGACAACAUUUUCGACACACUGCAAUCAACCAUUAGAAAAAUGAAGGAUAGAAGACUCGCAGCUCUCAGAUCACAUCAGUCCAGACUUCAGGAUUCAGAGACAAAUUUACAAUGUAUUACAAAGGAAAACAAGAAAAUCUUGAAAUCCAAUAAAGUGUCUGAUGUUACAAGCUACAAAUCAGAAUUAAAGGAUUUAAGGGACAUUCCUACAGAUGUUGAUGUGAAGAUUCCUUCCUUAAAUAGCAACACAGUUCAGGGGAGAGAACUCAGCAUAGAAUUAGGAGAAUACAAGGCUACACUGACACAGACAUCACUAUCCAGUCUGACAGACGAAGUCUCCAAUUUAUCCGUGAGAAAAUUAUUGGACAAAGUUAAAAUUAUUGCAAGCAUUUCUACUGGAAUAAAGCCGUUAGGUCCCAUAAUAUGUAUUGGAACCAAUGAAGUUUGGGCUUGUGGUGAAGACAAAGUCAUACAACGUAUUGACAUACAUGGAUCUUUGAAGGACAAGAUCACCACCGACUGUGAACCUUAUCCUUCUGACAUUUCAGUGACCAGGCAGGGAGAACUGAUAUACAGUGAUGUUGAGAGAAGAAAAGUGAUGAUUGUCAGACAGGGGAGGAUAGAGACACUGAUCACUUUAUCUCCAGAAUGGCAUCCUGUGGGACUAUGUUGUACCAGAUCAGGGGACUUACUACUUAGUAUGUGUACUAUUAAUGAAAGUCAUUACAAAAUAGUCCGCUAUCAGGGACAGUCAGCAACACAAGAAAUAGAGAAAGAUGAAUGUGAUCAACCAGUUUUUAAAGGUGGUGAAUAUGGAGUUUGCGUAGAGGAGAAUAACAGUGGUGAUAUCUGUGCCUGUGAUAGGGAUGCCAGUACGGUGAUAGUGAUGGACAAGACGGGAAGAGUCCGAUUCCGUUAUGAUGGUACACCAGCCAAAAGGAAUGACUUGUUUAAUCCUGAACACAUUUUGACAGACUCGCUGAGCCAGAUCAUAAUAAGUGAUUUUAAUAAUGACUGUCUUCAUAUCUUAGAACAAAAUGGACAGUUUCUGAGAUGCAUUGACAACUGUGGACUUGUGAAUCCUGCUGGACUGAGUGUGGACAGGGAAGGGAGGUUGUGGGUAGGGUUACGUGCUUGGGGUGAAGUAAAAGUUAUCCAAUACCUGUAG